GUUCACUGAACGUGUUGACUGGUCAGCCUUGGACCUGUGAGUGUCCUCGUCCUGGCCGGUGUGUGUCUGCAGUUGAAUCUGCUCCUCAGACUGGGUCAGGUACACGUAACUGGACGUGUAGAGGCAUUCAGCGUUCAGACAGCCACAACAAGAUCUACAAGAUCUAUCUGAAGCAAUGGAGAAAAUGGAGAUGGAAGACACUGGCUCCACUCUGAUGGAGCAAGGCAGGAAGGCACCUGCACCCCCACCUCCCACCAAAUUUGAAAAACUGUUCCAACCUUGUCUGGCUGAGAUCGUGGGGACCAUGUUUUUUGUUUUCAUCGGCUGCGUGUCUGUCAUUGAGAAUGUGCCGGCGGCUGGGAGGGUACAGCCAGCCCUGGUGCAUGGACUGGCAGUGGCAGUGAUGGUGGCAGUCAUGGACAACAUCAGUGGUUCCCACUUCAAUCCUCCGUUCACCAUUGCCAUCUACCUGUGUGGGGGCAUGGAGCUGAUCAUGGUGGGACCCUAUCUUGUCAGCCAGCUGAUUGGAGGGGUGCUUGGAGCUGGAAUGGCCAAGAUGAUGGUGCCUGCAGAUCGCUACAACAACGCCACCGGUGCAGCCUUUGACAUCCUCAAGUCAGAAAGCCAGCUGUCUGGAGCCAUCUUUGGUGAGGUGGCCAUGACCUGCCUGGUCACCAUGGUGGUGCUGUUGGUGGCUGUCAACAACAAGACCAAAACCCCCCUGGCUCCCUUCCUGGUGGGCUGCACCGUCAUCAUCAACAUCCUGGCAGGGGGUGAUGUUUCAGGAACUUGUCUGAACCCUGCCAGAGCUUUUGGUCCUGCUGUGAUGGUCAAUUACUGGACCUACCAUUGGGUCUACUGGGUCGGACCCAUUGGAGGAGGUCUGGUGGCUGCGGCUUUGGUCAGGCUCAUUCUUGGAGAUGAUAAAAUACGUGUUGUUAUGAAAUCAUAACAGCCUGUGUUAUGCACAUUUAUUGUCCACAAGGCAAUAAACCUUUGAACAUCGUGUCGCGUGUGCCAAAUAAAUUCAAGCAUAAUAUCAUGUUUGAUGCUGUAGUUUUUCUUCCUGUUAUUUUUUAAAUGUCAAUCUUUGUGAUCGUUGGACUUUUUGGUAUGAAAUAAAGAUAAAGGUGUAAAAUAUACAUGGUAUUUUUUUUAUUUUU